AUGGGCAGCUCCCCCUCCAAGCGGUCCACCGUCUGGGACCCCGCGCGCUACAUCGACCCCGCCAGAGAGGACGACAGACCUUUCGCCCUGCUGAUCCUCAACCAGGAGAUCAGCGACCUGGAGCUGUUUGGGAACAUCUGGGCAAACAGCAGCUUCCGCGUCUGCGCAGACGGCGGCGCAAACCGCCUCUACACGGCGCUGCAAACCGACGCCGCCCGCGAACUCAUGCUCCCCAACGCAAUAGUCGGCGACCUCGACUCCCUCCUCCCCUCCAUCCACGCCUACUACGCCGCGCACGGCGUCGCCGUCAUCCAGGACCGCGACCAGGACAGCACCGACUUCGCAAAGUGCCUCGACUACAUCAGCCAGCACACGGGGCUGCAGUCGCCCGAGUUCGAGGAGACGCACGACGCGCUCGAGGGCUGGCGCGGCACGCGCGUGUCGGCCACGCACAGCCCCAUCCCCGUGGUGGCCGUGGGCGGGUGGGGCGGGCGGGUGGACCAGAGUUUGCAUUCGAUACAAGCGCUCCACACAGCGGCCAGCACCCGCCCCGCGCGCCGCCUGACGCUCGUCUCGUCGGAGAACAUCACGUUCCUGCUCGCGCCCGGGCGCAACACCAUCCUCACGCCGCGGCACCUGCUCGGUCUUACAUGCGGGAUCCUGCCGAUCGGGGGCGCGGCGGUGAUCACGACGCAGGGCCUGCGCUGGAAUAUGAGGGACGCCGAGACGCGCUUUGGCGGGCUGGUGAGCACGAGUAACCAUUUGGCGGCGGAGGAGGUGGUCGUGGAGACGAGUGAGAGUGUGGUGUUUACGGUGGAGAUUCGGAGGGAUGAUGGUGGUGGGCUGGACGGGGAGGUGGAGGUGGUGGAGGUGGUGGAGGAGGUGGAGGAGGUGGUGGAGGAGGUGGAGGAGGUGGUGGAGGGGGUGGAGAGGGCGGCGACGUUGUAG